AUGGCGUCUUCCUACGCUCUGCCGACUUCUUCCCUACCACACGCGCACCAGGGCCACAUGCACGCGCGAUCCCACUCCCAGUCGUCGCUCAACGCGCUCAGGACAACUAUUUCCAACGGCAGUCUUCCAUCGGUCCCCGACGACGAGGCAUAUGCUCACAGCCACGAGCAAAGCUUUGAUAAUGGUGGUGGAAACUUCAAUGGUCACUCCCACAGUCAUAGUGGCCACAGGCAUGGACACAGCCGCUCGCGCAUGUCCAACACGAGCGCCAUGCUCUCCCGGGAGAAGCUCCCUCCGCCAGCACUGAACACAAUGGAGGGUUGGACACAAGAGAGGACACCAGGAGGAAAGAGUGUCAUAACCCCAGGUCCUGAGACAGCCAACAUGCCCUACACCCCUCCGGACUAUCCUCACGACCAUCACGACCACGACCACGAUCAUACUCAUUCACACGACCAUUCUCAUUCGCACGACCACACUCAUUCACACGACCACCAUCAUGGACACGAUCAUGACCACGCUCACUCUCACGACCCUGAAAAAGCUGCCAAGAGAUCAUUGUUCACCAGGAUGAUACUUCCAUAUACGGCACGAUUUCCCAUUCUCAACGCAAUCCUAAUUGAGAAGGAUUCAAGACGUAUCUUUUAUUUUAUGGCGCUCAACUUUUCCUUCAUGGCUGUUCAGGCGUUUUACGGAUACGUCACCGACUCUCUGGGCCUUCUCAGCGACAGUAUCCACAUGUUCUUCGACUGCGUGGCGCUGCUGGUGGGAUUGUUGGCUGCCGUGCUGAGCAAAUGGCCCCGAAGCCAGCGAUUCCCGUACGGAUUCGGCAAGAUCGAGACUUUGAGUGGGUUUGCCAACGGUAUUCUUCUGAUGUUGCUCAGUUUGGAGAUUGCCUUUGAGGCGUUCGAACGACUGCUGGAGGGAACUCAGACGAAGCGACUGGGCGAACUUUUUGUUGUCAGCACACUCGGCCUCGUAGUGAAUCUGGUGGGAAUGAUGGCAUUUGGCCAUCAUCACCAUGGAGGACACGAUCAUGGACACGAUCAUGGACACGAUCAUGGACACGAUCAUGGACACGAUCAUGGACACGAUCAUGGACACGAUCAUGGACACGAUCACGGACAUUCGCACGAUCAUGACCAUGGCCAUUCUCAUGGUGGACACGAUUGCCACGGCCAUAGCCACGGGCAUGACAAUGAGAACAUGCAUGGCAUUUACUUGCAUAUUCUUGCCGAUACCUUGGGCAGCGUUUCGGUCAUUGUAUCGACGGUGUUGACGAGCUUCUGGGGUUGGGCUGGAUGGGAUCCGCUGGCGUCGUGCCUGAUCGCUGUGCUAAUCUUCCUCUCGUCAAAGCCUCUUGUCUACUCGUCGGCAAAGCGACUGCUGCUCAGUAUCUCGGAGGACACAGAAUAUAAUUUGCGGAACAGCUUGGGCGGUAUCCUUCAGCAGCGAGGUGUGGUGGGCUACUCUUCUCCCAAGUUUUGGCGCGACGACCACAGUGCUAGUGCGUCAGGAGGAAAGCUACUCGGAAUCGUACACGUGGUGGCAGCGCGAGGAGCACCUAUGGAAGAUGUCCGGGACCGUGUGCGCGAGUAUCUGCUGAAGGAGGGGAUUGAUGUAGUUGUACAGGUUGAACGAGAGGGAGACAACUCUUGCUGGUGCAGCAGGCGAGGAGUGCCCGCGCCGGUAGCGACACCCACGGCCUUGACAGCAACAAAAGGGCUUUGA